AUGGGCUGCUUCCUCGCUUGCUUCGGCGGCGGCGACGGCCACGGCGACCGCCGUCGCCGGAAGCCGCGGAGGCGCUCGCCGGCAGGGCUCCCGCCGCGGCCGCGGCCGCAGGUGGCUCUGUCCGGCGAUGCGUCGUCGCUGGCGGAUGUGGUGGUGAAGCAGGUGCCGGCGCCAGUGCCAGAGGCGAGGGCUCUGGGUCCGCCUCCGUCGCGGCCGCCGCUGGCCGUGGAGGUUCCGGAGGAGGUGGUCGCUGCCGCGGGCCCCGGGAAGGAGCCGAGGGAGUUGAGUGAGCAGAAAACUGUGAUAUCACCGACGCCGACGGCGGAUGUCGUGGAGGAGGUGGUCACUGCGGCAAGCCCUGGAAGAGAGCUGAGGCAGUUGAAUGAGCACAAGGAAUCACCUGCGCACUCUUUACUGCUGGAGAAGGUGGUCACGCCACCACUCUCCCCACUGAAAUGUUCACCUGUGGCAGCAGCCGUUGGUUCAACUCCUGAUAUGGAACUCAGGGAGGUGAGUGAAGAGGAUAGCCGCAGUGGUGGCAAGAAGAAAGUGACAUUUGACAUGAAUGUUACAACAUAUGAAAAUACAUCGUCACCUGACCAAGAAGAGGAACCCUCGGAGCUUGUUAAGUGGAGGAAAGAUGAAGAUGAAAAACACAUGCAGAAGACUGUUCUGUUCUCAGAGAAUCAUCGGUACGGGAAUUGCACAGACAGUGAUGAUGACAAUGAAGAUGAGUAUGGUGAGGAUGACAACUAUAGUGAUGAUAGUGAUGCAGAGGAGGAUUUCGUGGACUGCAAGAUUGACUUGCUGGAUGAGGAGGAAAUAAGAACUGAAGAAAACCCAGAGGAGUCUCAGGAGUCUCUGUUCUCACUGCCAAUGUCUAGUUAUACGCAGAGUGACCAAGAGGUCAGCAGCCCUGUGCCCAAGAGCAGUGUUACACCUGCACAGGAAGAAAGUCCUCUAAUCCAGGGGAACAAUCACCGUGAUAGAAGCCAGUACGUCCGUCCUGUUUUGAACCCAGUUCAGAAUCGAGAACAGUGGAAGGAAGUUAAGGCCCAAGCAGGACCAGUUAAAAAGUUGUACAAGGAGAAUGUAAACUUGGUGCCAGAUGUAGGUGCAACCCUUACUUGCAAGGUUGCAAAUCAGACGAAGAUGGCCCCUAGCAAGUCUAGCCAGGGGGAAGUUUCUGUGGAUGCAAGCCUCUCUACAUGGUUAGCAUCUUCAGAGCACUCAGCAGUUGAUAAGGCACAAAGUAAAUCCCCCCGUUCAGUUUCCUCUGUAUGCAGACAAGAAAGGCCUGUCCUGGGUGCUUUGACUGUUGAUGACCUUAAGCAAUCGUCAGCUACAUCAUCUCCACGAAGGUCUCCAAGCCAUAACCGCGAAGAGGUGCCGAUCUUGGGUACGGUGGGAAGUUACUGGAGCUGCGCAAAGCAGGGUAAUGAGUACUGUUCUUCUAGGUCUGAUUCAGGAACUAACGGAAUCCCCAAUUCAACAAGCAAAUACAGAGAGGACAGAAUGGUGAACUGGCACUCGACUCCCUUUAAUGUCAGGCUGGAUAAAGCUAUGAAGAAAUCUUCUGCAUGAGUUGCUGGCAUUGCUGCUAAAGGUCUUUAUUAAUAGUUAAAAAUGCGUUGAGUUGUAUAAAGAAUAUCCCACUUUGUGUAGCAAAAAAGCCCGUAGAUUUAGAGUUGAAUCCAGUUUGAAUUUUAUGUAUAUCGAGGGAGAGAUGUGUUUUCCCUUCUCAUGCCGGAUAUAGAAGUGCCACAGAAUUGGCUUGUUUGCAUGACUGCCUGUGUGCAUUGCAAAUUGUGAGGAAGGAAAAUUGGUUAUUGGUCA